CUCAAGAUCAGUCGUCAUUUCCAUCAGAAACAUCAUCAGGAGAUCUUGCUUCAACCUUGCCUUGCUCGCCACUAUCCGGGGAAAAAAAAACGAGGCCCUCCUCCCUCCCCCUUGAAUUAAACCCCUUCAUCCCUUCAUAUAGCCAUGUUUGACGACAUGCAUUCUACUAUCGACACCAUGCACCGACGAUGCUCGCUGCCUGUUCUGAACCCAUUCUCGCCCAAGGAGAGCAAUGCUUCGUCCGAUGUAAGCGAGGAUAGGCGAUUGCCUCCUCUGCCGCGCGUGGAACCUGGGCCUCCGGGACCUUUGGGACCUUUCAUCAACCCUUUUACCCCCACGAUCUUUGCGCCUAGUCCUUCCAGCUCCCAGGAUUCCUUUUCGGUCAAAUCACCAUGGCCGGUACACGAAUCGGUGAUGGCACCACCCUCCCCCGCAAACUCGGCCGAAAGCUCAUGGCAAGAGUCUUUGCCCUCGACCAAGGCCGGCGACUGGCCUACCGAUCUGUCUCCAUCCGAAAUGAUGGCCCUCAUCGCGCCCAGAAAUAUCAACCGCAAGCCACCGCUUCAGCAGAUCUGCGGCAGAAAACGCAAGGGUAGCCUACUCUGCAGCGAUCCCGACGACCAACGCGAGAAGCAUCGCAUUGCCGAAGGCAACCGCCGUAAGAACCUUAGCCAGCUUCAUCGGGAACUGGACAGCCGCAUCCACGAUUACUUCCUGGAACGAGCUGGCUGGAAUCCGGCCAAGAGCCUUCCAGAAUCCAAGGAACACAUCGUCCAGGGCGCGAUCUUCCUCAUCGAUUUUAUGCUCCUGAUAAUCGUCCAUUUAAUACGCCAGGAGAACGAAAUGCCGCGACAGCUCUCUGACAAACUUCAGCCACAGAUCCGCUGCAUGCAGCUGCAACAGCUGGUCAGCACACUGCAGCAGCAACAACAGACUUCUCAACAGCAGAUCCAAGCUCUGAAACAGGAGAACGACAAGCUGAUCGAGCGCAACAAAGCCCUGGAAUUUCAACUCAGCUCCUACGAACACCUCUUCCGAUCGUCGCCCAAGAGCGAGCCCACCACGAGCUCGAACCCGCUCUCGCAGCCUCCGGAGAAGAGACAGAAGACCAUGCUCCCCGGCCUGCAUGCACUAUGUGACGGGGUUGAUGUCAUUACCCAUCAUCAAGAGACCGCACCGCCUGCCGAUUCCUUUGGCACCAACCCAUGCCAGACCUACUUUCCCAACUCCUUUCUCCGGACCACCCCGCCAAUGACCGGUCCCUCGUCUCCGAUUCUCCUUCACCCUCCGCAGUCCGCUCCAAUGUCGCGAUGCGGAUCCCUGGUCUCAUCACCCUGAAAGCCAAGACUUGUCGCUUAUGACCGUGGCCUCAGAAAAUCCAAAGUGAAUGAAUCUUCGUGCGCCCAAUAUUUUUGAGUCGUGUUCCGUUUAGCGUCCCCCUCAGCAAUGUAACAAUACCCUCCCAGAGUCCCGGGACAGUGCGGAGUCCCCAUACACAGUGCUUCAUUUGUCCUAUUCACU